GGCUAGGAGAGAACAUCCAGGCCCGGAAGACAAUCUACAGGGUGGAUAGAACUGUGUCGGGAGGAGUCUGAUGCUGGACAGGAGAUUUGGGAGCUGAAAAGAGGAACGGACAGAGUGGAUUCUACAACCAGAAGGAAGCUGGGAAAUUCCCCCAUGAGUCGAGCCAGUGAGAGGAGCCAAACCAGCAAUGUCUUCCCCUGCACAACCUGAAAUCCCUGCCCCGCUGGCCAAUUUGAAGAUUCAAUAUACCAAGAUCUUCAUUAACAAUGAAUGGCAUGACUCAGUGAGUGGCAAGAAAUUUCCUGUUAUUAACCCAGCAACUGAGGAGGUCAUCUGCCAUGUGGAAGAAGGGGACAAGGCAGACGUUGACAAAGCCGUGAAGGCUGCACGACAGGCUUUUCAGAUUGGCUCGACAUGGCGAACCAUGGAUGCUUCAGAGAGGGGGCGUCUGCUGAACAAGCUGGCUGACUUAAUGGAAAGAGAUCGUCUGCUGCUGGCUACAAUGGAGGCACUCAAUGGUGGGAAAGUCUUCGCCAAUGCAUACUUGGCAGAUUUGGGAGGCUGCAUAAAAGCAUUAAAAUAUUGUGCGGGUUGGGCUGACAAGAUCCAUGGCCAAACAAUACCAAGCGAUGGAGAUAUUUUCACUUAUACAAGACGUGAGCCUAUUGGAGUGUGUGGCCAAAUCAUCCCUUGGAAUUUCCCGUUGCUCAUGUUCAUUUGGAAGAUAGGCCCUGCCCUUGCCUGUGGGAACACAGUGAUCGUCAAACCAGCAGAGCAAACCCCUCUCACUGCUCUUCAUAUGGCAUCUUUAGUAAAAGAGGCAGGGAUUCCUCCUGGCGUGGUGAACAUUGUUCCUGGUUAUGGGCCAACUGCAGGGGCAGCCAUCUCCUCUCAUAUGGACAUCGACAAGGUGGCCUUCACAGGAUCAACACAGGUUGGCAAAUUGAUCAAAGAAGCUGCAGGGAAAAGCAAUCUGAAGAGGGUCACCCUGGAACUGGGGGGAAAGAGUCCUUGCAUUGUGUUUGCAGAUGCUGACUUGAACAUGGCUGUUGAGUUUGCACACCACGGUGUGUUCUACCAUCAAGGCCAAUGUUGUGUCGCAGCAUCUAGAAUUUUUGUUGAGGAAUCAGUUUAUGAUGAGUUUGUGAAAAGGAGUGUUGAGCGAGCUAAGAAAUACGUUCUUGGAAAUCCUCUGACCGCAGGAAUAAAUCAAGGCCCUCAGAUUGACAAGGAACAACAUGAUAAAAUACUCGAUCUCAUUGAGAGUGGGAAGAAAGAAGGAGCCAAACUGGAGUGUGGUGGUGGACGCUGGGGGAACAAAGGCUUCUUUGUUCAGCCCACAGUGUUCACCAAUGUUUCGGAUGAGAUGCGCAUUGCCAAAGAGGAGAUAUUUGGACCAGUGCAGCAAAUCAUGAAGUUUAAAUCUAUAGAUGAUGUGAUCAAGAGAGCGAACAAUACUACCUAUGGCCUUGCAGCUGGAGUCUUCACAAAAGACCUGGAUAAGGCUGUCACUGUGUCUUCUGCUCUUCAGGCCGGGGUAGUGUGGGUAAACUGCUAUAUGGUCUUGUCAGCCCAGUGCCCCUUCGGUGGAUUCAAGAUGUCUGGAAAUGGACGUGAAUUGGGUGAGCAUGGCAUUUAUGAAUACACUGAGCUCAAGACUGUCGCAAUGAAAAUAUCUCAGAAGAACUCAUAGAGAAGCCAGCAGAGUGAAGAGAAACCCUUCAGCAAUUGGACACAUCUAUAGUCACCAGUAGAGUGCUGUUCUCCUUUAACUCGUUCUUCUAUUGAUUUCUUAAACAUAAGCGAUUCAUCAGUAUUAAUGUCACACGUAGAAAACAUGUAGCUUAAUCUGAAAGAAUCACUAGCCUUCUAAUAUGUGACCCUAAUUCAUGCCCCAAAUGAAUAGGAUAGAUUUAGGUGCACGCUCUUUGUGACUCUGUCAUGAUCAGGUGCUUUAGUGUAGAUACUUGUUUAGGAUAUUUACUUGGUAAGGAGAACCAGUAGUGAUUUAAACUCUGUCCCUCAGUGACCCCUUGAAUUACUCAACACACAUAAUGACCGCAGAGUAGGUUACUCUGUUCCCUGUGGUUAUCCCCGCUGAGUGUGGUGAAAUGUUUUCUAGAAUGUCAUGCCUGCUUGUCAAAUGAAAUUCCUAGCUGGAAUUAGAAUGUAAAACAUAAUAAAGGCACCCUUUGCAUGA